CAACCGCUGACAAAACAUCUCCUUUCUGGAGCACAGAAUACUGUCAGUGUGCAUGGAUGUGAACGAUGAACACUCACACUAUUUGACGCGUUAUGUCGAUCUUGAUGUGUGGAACGAGCCCUUUCAAACGUCAAACACAUCUUCGAUGUGAGCUGCGGCAGAAUCCCUGUAUGUCGUAAAUAGCCAGAGUAGGCUGUGCAAGCAAGUGGACCGACAUGACCCCCGAAGAGUCCGCGUCACCACCUCUCCGAGCGGAUUCUGCACGCGCCAGAACGAGAAGAGGUGCUGUGUGCACUACCUGUCGACAGGCGAAGCAACAAUGUGAUGCUGCUGAAUUGGCUCCGGCACCAUGUACACGUUGCUCAAAAUUUGGUCGACAUUGUGCCAUCGACCCGACUUUCCGCAGAGUCAAGAAACGAAGCCAUGCGAACGCACUGGAGACAGACACUCAAGGAGCAGAGAUUGGACAGGAGAGCUUUGCGGAGGUUGCUUCCCAGGCAAGCGGGCAACCAGCACGAUCGUCUUCAAUAGCCCUUCCAUUAUACUGUGCUCACAUUAGACCUCAAAGACUGGAAAAUGUCCAAAUCAGUUCGGUUGAUAUCGUCAACCUUAUACAGCAGUAAGUCCAGACAAUGUUUCAGUCUCGAGUCAGCAAAGACACAUUACGAGCUGCAGAUUCCCCUUUUUCUGCGUUGUUGGUGAUCUGUGAUGUCUUCCAAUGGAAGAUUGGUGCUCCCCAUGGCUGAAGUGUUCUUUUUGCUGCACUUGGAACCCUUCUCUGUAUGAACAGGUAUUCCAUGAAUCUUCAGCUUACUCGUGGCAGGUUUUACUCGAUCUAUCACCCACAAUUUCCCAUCUUACCAGACAUCAUGACCUUCGCUCAACAGUACAACUCCAACAGGUUGCUCCUUUGGUCAGUUCUCGCUAUUUCGGCUGGCAACUCUUCAGUGACUUCAGCACUGUAUAACUCCCUUGUGAACCCAGUUCGACGCCUUGCUGGCGAUAUUUAUAGCCACCAGAGCCGAGGCCUUGAAGCCGUUCAAGCAUUACUCCUUCUAUGCGCAUGGCCCUUCCCUUAUCAACAGACUGUGAAUGAUCCUUCGCCAAUGUAUUGUUCCCUAGCAACAGCGAUUGCACAUCAGAUAGGACUACAUCGUCCUCCAGCACUCAGUAAUGACUUCGACUUUCAAGUGGAUGGGCCUGAAUCAAGCAGGGUGAAAGUUCGGGACCGUGAACGGGCCUGGCUCGGAUGUUUUGUCAUGAACUAUACAAUCUCAAUAAGAUUGGGUAUCCCAUCCCCCAUUUCAUCCUAUCGGUCAAUCAGCUCCGCGAUCGCAAAGGAGCCACCCUCGCACCUAGCAGACACGCUCAUCGGUCUAGUUCAUGUUGCUUACCUAGGCCAUAAAACAACAACAGCUCUUGGCGACGAUGCCUCCGCUCCAUCAGGACUAGUAGAUGACCCUGCACGACUGAUUCACUUCUUCGACCAUGAUUUUCAAGCCGCAUGCCAGUCGUUGCACGGUAAAAUAUCAUCGCAGUGUGACGUAUUCCUACUACAUUCGCGGCUGACCCUAUAUUCUUACGCAUUCAACGACAAAGGCACCCAGAAUCCGAAUCAGGCCUACGAUGUUGAGAAGUCAGAGCUCUCUGGAAAGGCUCUUUCUGCUGCCAUGAAACUCAUGCAGCUAGCAUGCGAAAACUUUAACGCAAGUCUUCGAUGGCCAGCAUUUGUUAAAAACUGCGUCAUCUAUGCCACGUGUCUGGCUGCUUUCAUUGUAUCCAAGGUGAAACAAUCUGAAAUUGAGGUCAAGACGAUAAUCGACACUUGCGAAGCCGCAAAUAGUCUCAUAAGACUUUGGUCCUUGUUCCCAAAAGAUAAUUACUCCCGAAUUUCAACACAUAUUGCUCGAUUUAUCGACUCUAUCAAUCAAAGGACGUCAUUCAUGAUGGCAACACCCGAAGACACCAGAGGUGGUCUCGCACGUCAAACGCCUGUUACUUCACGCAUGUCGGCAAAUGUGAUGUUCAAUGUCAUAUGGCCAGCAAAGAAGGCGGGUAUGAACGGGACUGCACCUACUCUCGGUGAUGAGGCACAGUCAGUCGUGCAUCCAUUAGUAAACACUAUGAUGGAAGAGGAGGACGCUCACGAUACUGGUCUGCCUACUCAAGUAAAUCUCGGCCCGAUGGACACUAUAGACUUUGGUUCUUUCGACGAUAUUUUUGCUGACUGGUCCGACCUUCUUGGAAACACGACCUGAACGAACGAUGUGACCCGUUCACCUAGCUUUCCGAAUCUAUGGUCUGCAUACUUUAAACCAGGUCGCUAGAGUCUCAUCUAUGUGUCAACGCUCAAAAAGUCCCGUUGCCAAUCUUUGGCUCGGGAACUUCCAAAUACAUGAGCCUGACAUGUUGACAACUGCCAUGAGUAUCUGUCUCACCGAAUCCUCCUGAUACGACAGGUCUUUUCAGGGUGGCUUUAAAGGCAAAGGCAGGGUCCCACCAAACUGCCGCGACAACCUCCGACUCAUCAAUGCCAUAUAUGGCCGCAAUGCUCGAGCUAGAAAGAACCCCGGCCUCCUUCACCCAAGCAUAGUUCUCCGGUUUAUCGAACAUUACAUCGAAUGUAACCUCAUAAGGGCCAGCAUUCUUAGACCGCACGACCGAGGCAAGUUCGGCCAAAUACUGGUAGCCAUCUCGUGGUGGAGGGGAUAGGAUCGACCUGUUGUUCUCGGCCUUCAUUUCAGUUGAAUUGGUAGCUGCCUUUUGACUGGGAGGUGCAAAUAUGUUGGCUGGUGUAGAGCUCACUGCUGUUCCUGAACCGUGCAAUUGGACCAUUUUCCGAGGAAAGUGCGCAACAGGGUCGUCUACCGUCAUCAGAUGGUAUAUACAGAAUUCACAGACCUUCCCCAUGGGAACGUCAAACGAUCCACAGGACAUGGCGAAAUUCCCUGAUGUGGACAUCUGACCGGGAUAUGCAGUAUGCAUACAGGCCACCCUAGCGGCAUUAAUGACACGUGUGGCUUCCUCCUGGGUGGCUGCUCUGGCUUCUCCUGCAAUUGCUGCUGAUUGGGGAAUAUGGUCAGAGGCAUGUUUUGCUCCCUUGAACAUGCUGAUAUGGUCGCCAUUGCCAUAAGUAGUCAGCUUGAGCUCGUAAUCAAACUUACAAACCGAGGAGACAUGGGCUCUGAUCUUGUUGACAAAGACUCCCAGCUGGGAAAUCAAGACAGGGUCACUGAAGCCCCCGAAGAAUGUGCUGUGGAAGCCCGCGGUGCGAGCACCCUCCAGUUUGAUCGUGUACUCCCCUUUCGGCGUAGGGGUGAAUAUCGCUCCUUGGACACGUACCGUUCUGUUGUCUGGAAGCUGUUCGUAGGUUGUGGCUCUGAGAUCCAAGGUGCCGCCGGGACCCACGAGAAUGUCUGGUCGCGUCUUCUCAUACAGGGUAUGAGCAGCGACUGAAACUGGAGUGCACGCCGCAGCAGGGUUGUUGGGAACAAUGUCAAAAUGGUCCCGCCUGACGAAUGCCAUUGCUUCUCUGCUCUUUGGCUUUGCACAAAGCGCGCCACAUUCCAGUAUUUUGCCCAUGUGAUAUGCGAUGCCCAAGUCGUCAAAACCUUUAUGUAUGCAGAAUGCAGCGUAUGGUGAUGGAUCAUAAGUGCGGCCGCCAAUGAUGAUAUCGAAAUCUGGAAACUCUUCCAUGGCCUUUGUGUAGGGCUCCAAUCCCAUCUGUGCAACAACAAGGGAAGCAUCAUUGAUAUCCUUCUCUUGUAGAGGUGGUACGGCAGAACCACAUGGUGCGACUGCAUUGGCGGAAAGAGCGUUUUGGACCACCUCUUUGUCGAUUUCUGAAUAUAUCUUGACCAGCUUCAUUGGCCGAAAACCGUUCUUCUUGAUGAUCUCUUGAAUGAUAUCAGCAAACACGUCAACAUGGGCGUUGGAUCCGUCUCCCCCAGCGCUGCCGAUGAGAACAGGGACUCGGUGCGAAUGAGCCGCGGCAAUGAAUGGCUCUAGGUCAUGCUGAUAUGCUUCUCUGGGGCAAGACAUUGUUCCCAGCGCAAGCUUGGAUGGCCCGCUGUCUGUUGAGCCUGAGUCGGCAAUGAUGGCGUCAACGCCUUCCGCGAUGGUCGACCAGAAUAUGUCGUGGUUAUAGCCAUAUCCCAACAUACCAACGGGCGUGAAGAGGCGUAGCUCAUCUUUCCAAGGGGAAGGCAUAUUGGUAUUGGUCUCUUCAAGACACGGAGAAAGAAAACAGCCGAAACGAAUGCUGGGCUAGAAAGAAUAGUGAGAAUACCAAGCAAUCUAAAGGACGCAGCGAACUAUUUAGCCUCUCC